AAAGAGAGAGAGCCCAACCUACCUAUUCUUCUCUCUCACUCUGUUUCUUCACUUCACCACAAGAUAAAACAGAGCACAACACCAGAUCAUCACCAUAUAAAUAUUUUCACAUAAUACUUUUAUCAAACACUUUCGACACUACACUCAAACUUUCAAUACUACAUUUUUUGCAUUAAUAUGGGAACAUGCACAUCCAAGCCUCCCCGGCCGAAUCUCUACGCGCCGCCGGGAGAAGAAAUCGUGUACACCGAAGACGACGUCAAAUCUCCGGCCAAGAAUGAUUCGAAUGCCGGAAAGAAAACACCCAUGUUCCCGUUUUACACGCCGAGUCCUGCGCAUUACUUGUUCGGCAAGAAAUCGGCGUCUUCGCCGGCGAACUCCACGCCGAGGAAGUUUUUCAGGCGGCCGGCUUCGCCGGCGAAGCAUAUAAAGGCGGUGUUGUUGAGGCGGAGAGGCGGCGGGAAGGGGGCGGAUGAGGAAGAGGAGUGUGGAGGGCUGGACAAGAGCUUUGGGUUCUCCAAGGAGUUCAAGAGUUGUUAUGAAGUUGGGAAAGAAGUGGGGAGAGGGCAUUUUGGGUAUACUUGUGCUGCUAAGUGUUUGAAGGGGGAGCUUAAAGGUCAACAAGUUGCUGUCAAGAUCAUUUCUAAGUCUAAGAUGACAACUGCAAUUGCAAUCGAGGAUGUGAGAAGGGAAGUGAAAAUUUUGAAAGGUUUAAAAGGACAUGAAAAUCUUGCCCAAUUCUAUGAUGCAUUUGAAGACAAAGAUAAUGUCUAUAUAGUACUGGAGCUUUGUGAAGGGGGAGAGCUCCUUGACAGAAUACUUGCAAGGGGUGGAAAAUAUUCAGAAGAUGAUGCAAAGGCUAUUAUGGGGCAAAUUUUAAAAGUCGUUGCAUUUUGCCAUUUACAGGGUGUAGUGCACCGGGAUCUUAAACCGGAGAAUUUUCUAUUUAGCACAACGGAUGAAAACUCUCAGUUAAAAGCAAUAGACUUUGGGCUGUCUGAUUUUGUUAGACCAGAUCAGAAACUGAAUGACAUUGUCGGAAGUGCGUACUAUGUGGCACCCGAAGUUUUACAUAGAUCUUACAGCACAGAGGCUGACGUAUGGAGUACAGGUGUUAUAGUGUAUAUACUUCUGUGUGGAAGUCGCCCAUUUUGGGCCCGAACUGAGUCUGGCAUAUUUCGAGCAGUUGUUAAGGCUGAUCCAAGUUUUGACGAUGAACCUUGGCCUUCAUUAUCCUUGGAGGCUAAGGAUUUUGUCAAGCGUCUUUUGAAUAAAGACCCUCGUAAACGAAUGACUGCGGCACAGGCUCUUAGUCAUUCCUGGAUAAGGAGUCACAAAGACAUAGAAGUCCCACUUGACAUUAAUAUAUUCAGACUUAUGAAAGUUUACAUGCGAUCAACACCAUUGCGCAAGGCUGCCUUAAGGGCAUUAUCAAAGACAUCGACACCAGACGACGUUUUUUACCUGAAGAAGCAGUUUGCUUUGUUGGAGCCAAAUCAAAACAACAGCAUAAACUUGGAAAGCAUAAAUUCGGCACUGAUGAAACAUGAAACAGAUGCUAUGAAGGAGUCUCGGACACCUGAUUUCCUGACAUCACUAAAUGUUCUCAAGUACAGAAGGAUGAAUUUUGAAGAGUUCAGCGCAGCUGCACUUAAUGUCCAUCAGAUGGAAGCACUAGAUCAGUGGGAACAACAUACUCGUUGUGCAUAUGAAAUUUUUGAGAAGGAUGGAAACAGGGCAAUUGUUAUCGAAGAACUGGCAUCAGAACUCGGUGUUGGUCCUUCAGUCCCUGUGCUUUCCGUGAUCCGUGACUGGAUAAGGUCUAAUGAUGGAAAGUUGAGCUUUCUUGGAUUUGUCAAAUUGUUACAUGGAGUUUCUACACGAAGUAUCGGGAGCACGAAGUAAGGGUAGCAGUAUGUUUGAGAAUAGCAUAGAUAGGAAAACUGGAAAGGAAGUACUACAACUUGGAUAUAUUCUACGAAGUUGGUGCACUGCGACCAUCUCGGCUUCCCAGCAAGAACAUCUGUAAAAACAGUAGCAGCUUCACAUCAAAGUUAUUGUCUUUGUAAUUUCUUCUUCCAGAUAUAAUACACAGUCUCUUCUGUUCCAAAUACAAAUGCUGAACCACACCUCACCAACUGCUGUAAAAUCAAAUUUAGUUAGUGAGCUUGUGGCAUUUUUUUGCAAAUAUAUUGGCUCUUAGCAUA